AUGGGCAGCCAGCCCCGCAGCCCCAGCGCCUGCCCUGCGCCCUGGUGGGGACCGCAGCCGGGAGGACCCCGCCCUGGCAAGCCACGCUGGGCAGAGCGGGGCUCACAAAGAGACAUCCUGGCGGCUGCAGGUCACCUAAGCGCCCACGUUAGUGACCACCCCGUGCUUAUCCACGUCUGCGAAUGGAGGGCCGAAGAUCCCAACGCGCCAGGUCAUCGGGAGGAAGCCGAGGCCUUACCACGGAAGCCAGGCCUAGCGCUGCACAGCUGCUCUGCCCACUACAGGCCUGUGAAACCGCUUCCGCACACGGACCUACCAACCACCGCCACUGCUAUUGGGCAGCCCGCACCCAUCCGCCUCAGGGGCGGAGCCUCAGAAAGGGCGGGCCUCAGCGUGACAUUUUGCGCCUUUGGUUCCGCCGGCGUCACUUACCACCUAAUUAGCCAUCCAGUGCGCAUCCGGGUCCUGGCCGCAGGCUGCGCCCUGCAGCUGCCCCUGGACGACGUCGACCUGCUGCUGGAGCCCGCGCCCACGUCGGCCCUGCAAGUGUCUGUCCAAGGACACACCCUCCUCCUGGUCCCCGAGGUCCUCCUGGGCUCGGUCGACGAGCGCUCACGAGGGCACAGAGACUCGCCUGUGGACCUGGAACUGGGCGCUUUUCUGGACGCUCCCGGGGAGGAUGUCGUCUGCGAGCAGGGAUUCUUCUGCGCAUCUGUCCCAGAGACCGCCGCCCAAGAAGAGGCCUACGAGGAGGACGCGGACCCCGAGUCCCUGGCGCCCUGGAUGGACCCUCCUGCCGGCUCAGCUGCUGGGUUCCAACCCUCUGCUAGAAGGGUGUCCAGCCCCAACCUGCAGGGCCCCAUCCCAGAGCCCUGUCCUCUGGCCCCCAACCCUAGUCCAGAGAGACGUCCUCCUCACCCCAUCUUCGACCUGGACUUCCACCUUCUGGAGCCCUUCCCCAGCUCACCACUCCAACCUCUGCCUCCCUCUCCGAGUCCAAGUCCCCGUGUGUGUCCUGAGCGUUCUCCCUGCCCUCCGUGCAAGGCCCAGAGACGCCUGUUCCGAGAAUGA